AUGGUGGCCGACAAGAGCAAGAAGCUUAAGGUUUCUGAAAAGGGCGAGAACGCCGAGGAAAUCGACGGAGAACUUGUCCUCUCCAUUGAAAAGUUACAGGAAAUGCAAGAUGAGCUCGAAAAGAUCAAUGAGGAGGCUAGUGAUAAAGUUCUGGAAAUAGAGCAGAAGUAUAAUGAGAUAAGGAAGCCGCUGUAUGAUCAGCGCAAUGAUCUUAUCAAGUCUAUUCCUGAUUUCUGGUUGACUGCUUUUUUGAGCCAUCCUGCUCUUGGCGAACUUUUGAAUGAGGAAGAUCAGAAGAUAUUUAAGCAUUUAAGUUCUCUUGAGGUUGAAGAUCAUAAAGAUGUCAAAUCAGGCUAUUCAAUCACCUUUAACUUUAAUCCUAAUCCAUAUUUUGAGGAUACAAAGCUUGUAAAGACUUUUACCUUCCUUGAAGAAGGAACAACAAAGGUUACUGCUACUCCCAUUAAAUGGAAAGAGGGCAAGGACAUUCCAAAUGGAGUUAGUCAAGAGAAGAAAGGAAACAAGCGAGCUGCUUCUGAUAUCAGUUUCUUUACCUGGUUUAGUGACACCGAUGGGAAAGAAGAUUUGGAUGAGCUCGUUAAUGAUGAGGUUGCAGAACUAAUCAAGGAUGAUUUAUGGCCAAAUCCACUUAAUUAUUUCAACAGCGAGGACCCUGAUGAAGCAGAGGAGGAUGAUGAUGAAGCUGGUGAUGCGGGAAAGGAUGACGACUCUGAAGACGAUGAUGAUGAUGACGACGAUGAGGAUGAAUAA